GAGUUCAUAAGGUCAGGAAAGUGCUGAUACUGCAGAUCAAUAGCCUUACUCUGACCUUUCAAAAGAUGCUGUUACUUUUUAUCGUAAGUGUAAAUACCUUGUGUUCAUAUUGAUGUUCUAGGUGAAGAGACAUCAUUCUUUUACUACUCUUCCCACUACAACAUUUAGCUAUCAUUAUGUUGGGCUGCAGUCCAAGGUUUCUCCCUGUCUUCCUCUCCAUCAUCUGAGGAUGGUAUCAUAUCAGUCUGUCCUGCCACCACUGUCACCCUCACCUGUACUGCCAGUGGAGUUGUCACCAUGACAUGGAGAGACCACAGAGAGAUCUAUUCAUUCCUCGUUAUGGAUUAUGACAAUGAAGAGACAAGAGUGGUUCACGAAGGUCCAUACACUCUCAACCUUACAACUAUUGAUAACAGAACAGGCUUACGUGCUGACUUCAUCUCAACACUGACGGUGACGGUUGACGACAAUGUCAGUGGAACAAACAUAUCUUGUCUAGUAUUAAUGAAACGAGACCAUCUAGUCAUCAAUAAAAGAAGUCCUCCUUCUUCUCCAUACAACAUAACAGUGAAAACUGACGGUUAUCAAACUGACAACUUCUCCAUCAUCAUCUCCUGGGAGUCAGGGGAAGAUGAAGUGGUUGAUGAGUACAGAAUACUGACCAACACUACUACACAGUCCAUAACCACUACCAAUACAACUGUAGUUCUAGAGGGAGUGUACAACAUUAUUCUGGAAAUCAGAGUUUCAGCCAUCAACUGUGCAGGCACUAGUGCAGAGGCCACCGAGGAAGUCUUUGUUGCUGGCUGUGGUCCUCCCAGUCCACCAGUGAAUGGCAGUGUUGGUGAGUGGACCAGUUCCAGAGUAGGAGCACAGGUCACCUACUCCUGUGACACCCACCUGGUUAUGGUGGGAGAGACUGUGACCACAUGCUCUCUCCCUUCUCUAACAUGGCUGCCUAGUAGCGAUGAUGUCACCUGUGUACAGCCUACGUCAGAAUGUGAGGAUCCAAGCAAACUUCUACAAGGAAAUGUUUCCUUCACUAGUCUCAAGAGUUCAAUGAUAGCCAUCUUGUGAUGAUGGAUAUAGUCUUAAUGGUAGUGCAACGUCAGAGUGUAUACUUGGACAGUGGACCCCAAGUCUUAAACUAGCAACGUGUCUCAUCACUGACAAUACAUUGUCAAGAGAAUGGAUCCCUAGUCCUGACUCUGUCACCUGCAGGAAUUCCACUCUCUUGGAUUCUUCUUCUGUUAGUGGCGGCUCUCUUAGUACAGCAGAAGCCGUGGUCACAACAGGAGUAGUGUGUGGUGUGUGUAGCUUCACUGCUGGACUGCUACUUGGUGUUCUACUGACUAAAUGUCAUGGUCACUGUCAUAGGAAGGGGAAGAGAGGCCAGACUGAGAUACCUCCUGUUUAUGAGGACAUUCCCUUGGAGAAGACACCACCCAUUGAACUCAACACAAAUGAAGCUUAUGGACAUAUUACUUAAAACUGAUUCAAACCAUCAUGACAACCUGUAUAAAUAAAAACUGUACUUUUUGCUAGUUCGCUACUCUGAAAUAAUCUUU